CGAGCGCUGUCUGCAGCACCAUGAGCCGCACGCAGUCCGGGUAAGGAGACUCUGAGAGGCGAGCCGGGCCGGGCCGGAGGGGCGAGCGCUGUCUGCAGCACCAUGAGCCGCACGCAGUCCGGACCCCUGGAGGCAUAUAACAGCCUGACAGACAAACAUCUGACCGGAUACUUCAACAACACCAGGAUCCGUAGGCAUCUACAACGUGUGGGUUUGGUCACAAGGAGUGGACGGAUUGUGUCUGAGAAGGAAUAUCGCCUCAGUAUAGUCCGCAAAGAUCAUCAAAGAUAUGUACGUGAGAGCCUGGCCCAGGCCAUAUUCCACAAGGUCCUCAGCAUGGAGCGUUUGCAUCAGCAGGAGAUCCAGAGGAGGCUGGAGGAUUUGUCUCGUGGAGACCGUGUCCAGUGCAUCAAGGUUGACCGCAAGAGGAGACCUGACGAAGACCUCGUUCCGUUCCUGUCGCCCCGACCGCCUGCUGCUUCUCGGAACUGCCAAAGGAGCCUGUCAGGGCCAAACGUGAUGCAGCCCAGUCCCUCCACCUCCACAGCCUCCCCUCGUCCCAGCACCGCCCCCGGGAAGAUGCAGCGUCCCACUCGGCUCAUCCCCCUGCACAGCAACGGAGCAUCGAGCACAGCAGCAAUCGCUACGCACUGCUCGCUGCACACCAGGCAGAGGGAUACACAGCCAGAACUGGUCAGGGACAUCAACCCAAACUUCCUUCAUGGGCAGCCGGAACGGGAAGUGAUGAGGCACUGGCAAACGGUGGACACCCCCAGCGGACUCUCUCCCUACCGUCUUCCCAUCAUCAACAACUACGUGACUCCCGUCCCCCCGCCCCUCCGUCCAUGGGGGAAGAGCACCUUUAGCAGAGGACGCCGCCUGCGUCCACCCACCGCGCCACACGCCCCAGGCAGCCCCGCUCAAAAGGAAGUCCCAAGAUGGCGUCGUUCUGCGGGAGUGCACAGCAACGUGGUGGUGACGAUGGUGUACCGCGGCAAGAGGCUGCACCUCUCCUACGACCAGGCUGAUGCUAGGGACGAGGUCAAGGUUCAUCAACAGCAUUGCGGUGGAGAGAACCUCUGCGUCUUCAAGGGGAAGCUGAUGGAAGCAGAGCGGUUCGAGUUUGUGUCACGGAGACAUGCUGGCUUCCCGUUCAGCCUCACCUUCUUCCUGAACGGCCUUCAGGUGGACCGACUCAGCUCCUGCUGUGAGUUCCGGCACCGCAGGGGCUCCCGGCUCGGGGGGAGGCAUCCCCACUUCACCAUCGUGUCAGUGCAGGGUGCUACCCCCUGCUACAGGUGCAUCAUUGCCACUGGUCUGGACAAGAAGCCAUCGCCACCCCCAAAGCAAGCACAGGGCAGGGAGAGCAGGAAGCUGGGCUUGGCAAAGCAGGGCAGAGGGGUCCGCAUGGUAAGGACAGCAGAGAACCUGCAGAGUGGAGCCUCUCCCAGUGCAACUGCACCGGAACAGGAUGGAAUGGACGAGGACCAGGAAAUGUCAGAUUGCCAUGGAGCCCUGGGGCAAGAAUACGCCGACGAUUUUGAAGAGGAUGCGGAGAGGCCAGGCAAGGAGGCAGAACCCUGUGGACAGGGCAGAGAAGAGGCAGUGGGUGCAGAGGAUGAGAGUGGCUCUGGCGAGGAGGGUCAUGACCAGGGAUUGGCACAGGAGCACGAAUUCAGCAACAGCCUCUCCGACGCAGAGAGUGAGGAAAGUUCAGGGAGCAUCCACUCCCACUCAUCCUCAUCUGGCUUCCCGAGGUCCAGCGAGGAGUCCGAUAGAGACUCAUCGGAAGCUGGGGUUCACGAAGGUGGUCGUGCAGCCAGCGAGGAGCGUGCUGGUGAGGAGCCCAAGGCCACGGUCGAAGGAGAAGCAGAUAGUAUGGAAACGCUGGUCCCAGGUGUGAGUGAGGGAGACAGUGAUCCCAGAGCCAGUGUGGACAACAGGUGGUCCAUCAAGGAUACUCCCACAACGGGUGGUGAGCAGCCGGGAGCCAUGGGUGACGGGUGGAGAGGGAGUAUGGUGGAUGUGUGCGCUGCCGAGCUCUCUGUCUCAGGGAGAUCAGCAGCUGGUAAGUAAACGUGUUCCCUGCUCCCUCUGCAUGCCUGUCCCUCGGCCCCUCGUGUUGCUGUGGCUACAUCCUACCAACACGGCACCAUGGAGCCAUGCUGUGCCAACAUGCCAAUGCCAAAUGUGCUUCAUGGAGAGUUCAUCCUUUGUGUAGUAAACCGCAGACCAGAGCUGAUCAUGACCUGUGCUGUGCGCGUACACGUCUGUGUCUGUGUGCUUGUUGAGGGCUGCGGUGAACCUCGUAAAACAGGCUCUAGAGGGAAGAGCGUAUCAAGAGAGUCCGAGAACUGGUCUAUCAAUCCCUGGCUGCACGGCUGUGCCCUUCCUUACAAACCCUCCCCUGCACUCCCACUCGCUCUCCCCUUCCUCCUGGAACUACCCCGCAACAUUCGGAUGGAGUUCCCAUGUGAAUCCCAUUCCCAUUCCCAUGCACUGUCCCUAAAACCCACCGCAACACCCUCACUCCGCUAUGCCCUUCGAAUUGCUCCAAUCACUACCCCCUUACCCACUCAGCCCUCUCAAACCUGCUUUAAAAUCCAACACUCUCAUUCCCCCCAACUUGCUCCACCGCACCCCUCCACCCACACUCCAAUCCCAUGACACUCACCACUGCAGUGCUCCCCCUCAGCUCCUCCCUAAACCCACUUCACUCCUCCUGUGAGAGUGGCCGUCACACCCCCAUCGCCCUCCGGAGAGGGACAUUUCUCCCGAGUUCCUGACUGUAAUUUUCCAGGUCACAUGUCAGCUCCAGUUAGGAAUCCCCUCUUCCCUCUUCCCUUCCUGGAAGCCUUUCCCCCUGCCGAUGCUGUGAUCCCCUUGCUGGAUCCAAUCAGCGGCUCUGGGAAUGUGUUGUCUGGACGAUACGAGGAGUGGUACUCACAAACCAAUGGAGGAUCUCAGCAGAUCAGGCAGCGUCUAUGGAGGAGAAUAAACCGUCAAUGUUUCAGAACGAGACCCUUCAUCAGGACCUCUUUCUCAUGGUCCAUCUCCACUCUGAUCGAAUUCCUCCGUUAUCACAUCCAUCUAUCAUCUUUAUACCAGCUUUAUCCCACCCCUCCGCCCACUUAGUUUCACCUCUCGCCUUCCAGCUUGUCCUCCUCCACCUCCCUCACCUUCAUAUUCCAGCUGCAGUCCUGAUGAAGGGUCUUUGCCCAAAGCAUUGACCGUUUAUUCCUCUUCUGUAGAUGCUGCCUGACCUGUCGAGCUCCUUCAGCAUUUUGUUUGUGUUGCUUUGGAUUUCCAGCAUCAGCAGAAUCCCUUGUGUUUAUGUAGAAGGAUAGGCAGUGUUGUCGACAACAUAAGUUGGGGUGCCACAGCAGUGUAAUAGUUAGCACGAUGCUGUUGCAGCUCAGGCCAGCGGAGUCAGAGUUCAGUUCUUGCAUCCCCGUAAGGAGUUUCUACGUUCUUCCAUCUGGUUUCCUUCCAAAGCCAUUUGAGUUGUGUAGGUUGAUUGGUCUUUGCAAACGGUCCUGUUUUUACAGUAGGGUUAAUGGGUGGGUACCUGGGCUUGAUGAGGUGGAAGAGCCUGUUCUGUGCAGAUCUCUUAGUAAAUAAAUGGAAGCUACAAAUGAAAUGAAAUGAGUUACGGAUUCAACUAAUAAACAUGUUUCUUCACACGUUAAUUGAUUACUUUGUAGAUGUUGAACUCACCUCACUUUCCCAACUUUAAGCUAGAAAGGAGAGGUUACCAUGUGAUCUGAUCCAUUUGACUUUGUUUGGGCCACUAGGAGAAGAAAUAGUCACCCAGGCGCGACUGAACUGAUACUAGUGUCAGACUGUUCAACCCAGGGGCUCACACUGCCCCUCCCAACCCAUCCACCAAACCUCCCUCUGCACCCAACCUUCGACGCAGGUGGAAAUGUCACUGUUACCAUGGCAAUGGUUUCUACUGGAAUUGGAGGCUUCAGCUAAAGUCCAGCCAUAAGACAUCAGAGCUGAAUUAGGCCCAUCGAGUCUGCUUAGCCUUCCAGCAUCGCUGAUUUAUUAACCCUCUCAAUCCUAUUCUGCCUUUUCCCUGUAAUCGUUAACCCCCGGACUAAUGAAGAAUGAAUAAACCCCCGCUUUACGUAUGCCCAAUGACAUGGCCCCCACAACCGUCUGUGGCAAUGAAUUCUUCCUCAUCUUUGUUGUAAAUGGAUGUCCCUCUAUUCUGAGGCUGUGGUUCCUCCACUACAGGAAAUUUCCUCUCCACAUCAGUUCGCCAGGUUUCAAUCAGAUCCUCCUCGCAUUGUUCUAAACAGGCCCGGAGCCAUCAAACUGCACAAUUUGUUGUUGUUAGCCUAUGUUACUGUUAUUAACCUGCGUGAAAUAUGUAUUUAAUAGCCCUCACUGAAUCCUGUUUCCUGUGAUCCACUGUAAUAAAACUGAGUACAGAGACAUCUUGCAGACUGCAAGGAAGUAGACCUUUUGGCCCAUCGAGGUCAUGCCAACCAUUAAAACACUUAUUUAACCUA